CGCUUUUCUUUUCUUUUUUCCCGUUUCGCCCUAAAAUUCUCCCUGAUUUUGAUAUUCGAUUCAGUGCGUUGAUUCUCAGAUUUGGAAGUUCAAAUUCAGGAGAUUGACAUAGAGGAAGAAAUGUUUGGUUCUGCGAAUAGUUUAAGCCGAGGGAAUGCAGGACUUCCCUUAGAUAUGCCACCAUUGCCUCAGUGUUUGCCUUGGAGCCAAUUACAUUGGGGAGUCAUAAAUAUACACGGUCCGAGAGCUAAGCCGGGCUCUGGGUGUUCCUCUUCGAAGUAGUACAUCAGAGGAUCACUCUUUUGGAGUUUCACACUCCAAACUUUCCCCUCCCGUGGCAAUAGAGGAGCUUAAGAACUUUAAGGAAAGUGUUCAAGAUGCCAAAAGAAAAGCCAGGUUGUGCAGACACUUGACAGUUUGGUUAUUGAAUAUACAUCAUCUUUAUGUCAGUGUUAGGGUGAAAAAGUUUCGCGAUUCAAUUUCUAAAUUGGAAAGGUAUAGAGAAGCCUUAGGCACAAAGAAGCAGCAACGAAGUGAUAUUUUGAAUGAGAGAAGUAGUGGAUUAGGCAUUGCAAAGAUGGGAAGCCAGAUUCAUAGAAACACUAACGAAAUAAUGAACCAAAGAUCAGAGGAUAAGACAAAGUGUGUUGGGCUCAACAAGCGUGUACGCACAUCAUUUUCCGAUUUACGGGCUAUAACAGGACUACUGUGAAUCCAAGGCAGCAGGGGGUAGUAGAAAAGGAUACUGAUGUGCUUUCAGCUGUUAAUGGGGGUUCUGCUCAAAUUAAAGAAAAGAUCCGCAGAUUGCCAGGUGAAGGAUGGGAGACAAAGAUGAAAAGGAAACGGUCUGUUGCAGCUGUAGGAAAUAGAGCUGCCAACGCUGGUCGAGAUAUAAAACGAUCUAUGCAACCAAAGCUGAGUUCUGAAUCAAAGUUGCAAUUAUGUGAUACGCUGGGUUUCAGAACGAAACCUUCCCCCGGGGUUGGUGGAAUCAAUAAGUCUCGCGGUUCAUUUGAAGCUGCUGGUUCAGAGGCGAAUAAAGUAGUCAGGAAUGAAUUGGAGAGUACAUCUAUUCUACGGGAUCGUGCAGCUAUGUCGGAGCAGAGGGUUGUAGUGAAAACAAAUAAUAAGGCAAGUCAUCAUGAGGACAAUCAAGCAAGUGGCUCAAGUACAAUUCUAAAAGGGAAGUUUUCAAGGGCACCAAGAACUGGGUCCAUCAUGGUGUUAGACUCCUCUUCUAAAGUUCACCUCUCAUCUGGAGCUUUGCAGGGUUCAGAUCAGCCAAAUCCAAAUAAAAUCCAAGCUUUAGGUGUUAUGAACAAUAAAAAAUGUUCAAUGUCUACAGGUUCAUCAUCACAUGCUAUAUCCCAGUGGGGUGGUCAGAGACCACAUAAAAUCACACGAACAAGGAGAGCAAAUCUAGUGUCCCCUGUGGCUGAUGCUGAAGCUCAAGUUCAUCUCAAGGCGUUGCAAUUCCUAAUUUUGGUGCUAGGGUAUCUAUUGGAACUGGUGGAUCGCUUCUUGGCAGCAGUGUAGAUAAUGUUACUC